GUCGUGUGAAUUGUGAUGUGUGAACCAUAUCAAAUAUAUAUUUUGUGUGUUGUCUGAACCUGAAUCAUAGAAUGGCUAAGGCACCGAGCUAUGUGAUUCGGAUGGCUGGGGUCCAGGACCUGCCCCGAAUAGAGACCCUAUACAACACUUCCGGUACCCACCACUUUGGCGAGAAGAGGCGGCCUCCGCUCAUGCAACUGUUCAGCGAACACCAAGCCUAUCGGCUGAUUGUCUACGAUCCGAAUCACUUCACCACCCUUCUGGCGUAUGGAGAGUUCAACAUUCACCCCAACAUACCCGUGCUGGCCAACGACCUUUGGCUGCACUGGCUGAAUGCGCGCUUCUGCUUGGACCUGCCCCUCAGUCUGCUCAACACGAUCUUCUUCAACUUUUUCAUCUGUCAGAAUGAGCAUCCCACCAUUCUGAAGGACAUCGUCACGGAGAUAUUCUACAACGAGCACAAAGUCAACUUCCUGAUCGUCACCAGGCCAGCAAGGUCGAUCAAAAAGAUCGAUCCCUAUGAGUCCAUCCAGGAGUACGGCCAGACAUUUUACCCCAAGUAUUCCACGCUAUCGGAGCAGAGGGGCCUUCCCUCGGUCAUUAUAAUCAAUCGCAGAGACGUCAUGCCAACCAUCUCCUUUCGCAAGGCACUUCCCGAGGACAACGACGACAUUGUGGAGGUGAUAGACCACGAGGAGCCGCAUCUACGGCAGCAAAAUGGAGACUUCUACAUAGCCGAGGAGCUGCUCGACUCCGAAAGAACCGGCCAGAACGAGCUGAUCAUCGUGGCCGAGUUGGCCGAAGAGAUCGCUGGCCUGAUGUGGCUAACGGACAAGUUGGAUGUGGAGCUGCUGGCCAAAAAUUUUCAUCUCGAACGUCUGGGCAACCUCACGCGAUGCACGCCUGGAGCCAAACAUGGCCGCGUGUCCUUCGAAGUCAUCUCGGCGCACACAAAGCCGUACAAAGAUCUGUACACGGAGUCUGCACUGGCCAGCAAACCAAUCAAAUUACAGGGCAGCGCCACGACCGUGUCCAGCAUAGUCCCGUAUAGAGCCUCGAUUAGUUCGACGAAUGAUGACUUCAAGCUGCGGCACAGCAGACUGAUCUCCUCCCAGUUUGGGUGCAUCUACGAUGAACUGCGCCAUGGCCAUCAUUAUGUGAACGCAAAGCGGGAGAUGCUGGAGAUUUCCUUUGAUCUGCCCAGCGACCUUUCAGAUGAGGGAUAUGCAUUCGAGUACUUGAAGAGGGCCUCCAGCGCCUUCCUGCUGAAGAUGUUCAAUCUGAAUCCCAGGGUGAGGAUGGAGUACACAUUUUUCUUUCUUUCGGCCAUGUUCGGCGCCUUUCCGGAGCUCGAUUACUGCCUGAUCAGGGUGCCACCAACAGUGACGCUGUCCAAGAGUCAGCGAGAGUUGAUUCGGUUCUUCUUGCGCACUGCUCAUCGUCCCGAUAGCUCUGUGUCGGACAGUCUAUACGUGGCCCAUCGCUGCACUCUGUUCGGGGACCUCCACAUAUUUCCCCUGAGGGAGAGCGAGCUCGAUGAGAUUACAGCCAUGCUGCGGCUGCCGCCCUGCACCAAGGAGAGUGAACAACCCGAUGGGGAUGCGGAGAGUGCGGUCAGUUGGUCAGUGUCCGACAUGAUCUCAACGGAGGUGUGCCAAAUCAUUGACCAAAUCUUCUCGGACGUUUUCCACAACGCCGAAACCGAAUUCACCUGCUACACCAUACACUGCGGCAACACCCAGUCGCGCACCAUUGUGGGUUUCAUUGUGCUGCGGCCCUUUACGGACUAUGACGCUCUCAGCAGGAAAUUCCUCCUGCCCCGAGAUGAGUUCCAUCUGACCCACAGGCGCGGCGAGAUCGUCAUGUUCAAGCUGCAUCCCCUGUUCCAGAUCUGGUGUGACCCGAUCGUUCGCUCUGUGGCCAUGCAGGAUAAUUAUCGCGAAUUGUAUUACUUCCACCAAUUUAUGGGCGUUUCGCUGCCCAACGAUCUCGUGUACAACAUGAUGCCUGUGGAGCCGCGUCGAGUGACGAGGAAUUGGUUUCCGCAAAACGACAAGGAUGGGCUCAAGCGGCAGAUCGACACGGUUGAUUUCCCCAAAAUUAACUUCUUCAGCGAUCAUCUGCACGUCGUCUGCCACAAUCUGUUGCCCAGCAAGCACAUGGGCAUUCCCAGUCCGCUGGUCAUUGUUGGCUUCUCCGACAUAUGUCGGGCCUUCCUGCGCCACAUUAUCUUCGGCUGGAACACGAAGGACUUUGCCAAUUUCAAGAGAUACAACUGCCUGCCGUUGCUGGACAUCACUGUGAUAGUGCCACAUGGCGUGGUGGAGGCGGCCUAUGACUCUGACUUCAGCUGCAGCUAUUGCCAGGGCAGCAAGCAGUGCUAUGUGAGCAUCGGCUCGAGCAAUCCCUUUGUGAAGGAUGCCACGCACCGGAUGGAUCUGCGGCACUGGGUGCAGUUUGUUCCCGGCAACCUGGAGUCCAUCGAUCGGACUGAGAAGGUGAUCCGCCUGUCGGACAGCUGCAACAUUCACUACGAAAAUCUACUCCUGCUGAAUGACAUUAGGUACGGGCUGAAGGACGAGGACAGCACUGCCCCGAUGCCGUACAACUAUGCAGCCAUCAACUACCGCCUCGACAAAAUCAUCCUCUACCACAAGCUGCAGAACAUAAUCGAGCGCGACAUCCUGUGCACUCCGAUCAUCGUCUAUGGCUACGGCAUGCCCGUGUACGAGUGCAUCAACUUUCUGGUUACCCAUGGCUGCCAGCCGGAUCACAUCACGUACGUGCAGCCGCACAUACCGCAGAUGUUCGAGCAAAUCCUCUACUCCAGAGAGGACGCUGGACUGGAUGCGAUUCUCGUAGAGAUGGUGGCCGAUCUGGGCGUAGAAAUUUACUUGUCCGCCAACUUCAGCAGACUCAUCUUCUUCCCCAACAAGGCUACCAUCGAGAGCGUAGAGUUCCAGCUGAUACCCAGUCGGAAUCGAAUCAUUUUGAACUGCGACAUCUUCAUCAACUUCGAGGAGAGUUUCAUGUGCUCAGGAUUCGAGAGAAUACUUCUUGACUCUGGAAUUGAGCUCGCCAACAAAAAGAUCAUUGUCAAUGAGGAGUACUGCACCAAUGACCCCAAUAUCUAUGCCAUUGGCCAAUACAUCGCCAUGUUGCCCAGUCCCAACUAUCAGUACACCCACACCAAUCCCCAGGAGUGUGCCGAGAAGCUGGCGUUCAUCCUAAACAUGCAGGGUGGAUCGACUCAGCAGCGGUUCUCGAAGGUGAACAUGUACACGGGACGGCUGCCCAUGGACUACCAGAUGGUGAAGAUAGUCUCACCCCAGCCACUGCUCAUGGGUCAGCUGUCGAGUGAGUUCAUGGAGAGCAUGACGACCUACCACGAUGGCGACUUCUGUCGCAUUCGACUGAAUCCCAAGAUGUUUGUCAUGGAGAUUGUGUGCGUCACAAAAAAGAAAAAAAGCCUGUUGUUUCUCGAAUACUUUUGCGGGCGGCACGUGGCUCUGCUGAACAACAUGAGGAAUCGGUGGCAGAGCGGCUGGAUAGAAAAUUUCCUCGACUACUUCGAACAGCCCUGGACAGAACUCUUGAUGCACGAACGAUUUCAGGAUCUGCAGCUGAAGAACCGCCGGACUCUGCUGGCCAUACUGAUGAUGGACACCACGACUAAUUUGUACAAGCCAGAGAACAGGGCAAGUUUGGAAGAGGCCCAGCGAAAGAAGCUGGAGGAGAACCUGAUCGACUUCGUGCGAACAUAUCGCAAGGAGUUCGUCAAUGAGUUUGCUCUGCCCGAGGAGUGGGCUAGGGGUACAGUGUAACACUUCUGUGGUUUCUUAGUUCGUUUGUUUAAUAUAUUUUGCGUACUUUAAUCGGAUCAUCCACUGGAAUUAGAUGGACAAUUCACACAGAGAGAGACAGUUACUGUAUUGCAUACAACGCUACAUAUCUAAGCCAAUAUAGUUGCGGUUUUUACAUUGUACAUACAACACACUAACACUAGUCGUAUAAAUGUAGAAGGGCAACGGACAAAGGGCUUAUCCUUCCCUUGGGAUUAUCCUAGAUACGUUUGUUAAUCGUUGUCAAGUUUAAUAUAACAUCCAUCCAUCCA